CAGUUCACUCCUGCACACUUGAGUGGAAUGUCUGCUGUAAAAAAGGUUUACUGUGGUUGCUGGAUCAUUGUGACACUGUCAUGGGUUCCUGGAAUACUUGAAUGAUAAAGAGAAUAUUUUUUAUGUUAUUAGUAACUGUUCUGCUUUCCUUCAAUAACAAGUCAAAAUGUCUCCUGUGAAAAAGGCCUUUUGCAGAUUUUUAACUAAUGCACAGUAUGUGGCUUGUAAACAUUCCAACAUGGACACAGGGUCAAACUCCACAUCACAUUUUUCCUGUGGCUCUAUAUGCUCUACACUACAGCUCAGUCUGUGACCAACAGGAAAAGGAGAGCCACUGAUAAUGUCUCCACCUAAACACACAGCAGCACACUCAAUCCCACCUCACACUGUGACCCAGCUGGCACGAGAGUGGCUGGCAGAGGACACACCAAACUUUGACCCAGCAGGGGUAUGUGUGGGGUCACAGGAAGUCGAGGCGAGGCUGCUUUGUAAAACACCACACAGCAUCUUGGCAGGGAGCCCUUUCUUCACAGCAGUGUUCACUGAAGUCGGCUGCACUGUGGACUGGCGUUACCAGGAGGGAGCUGAGAUUGGUCCAGAUGCUGUCACACUGACCGCUGUGGUUCGAGGCCCAGCAAGGUGCCUGCUCCUAGGUGAAAGGCCAGCUCUCAACUGCCUGGCCCGGGCCUCAGGGAUCGCCACCCGCUGUGCUCAGCUCCAAGCAAUGGCAACGGCAGGACGCUGGCAUGGAGAAGUGGCUGGCACACGCAAGACCACCCCGGGCUUCCGUCUGGUGGAGAAGUAUGCCAUGUUGGUUGGCGCCGUGUCCAUGCACAGGCAGGACCUGAGUGGUAUGGUGAUGCUGAAGGACAACCACGUCUGGGCAUCAGGGAGUAUCACAGAGGCUGUGAAAGCUGCCCGGUCAGUGUGCGGCUUCAGCAGUAAGAUUGAGGUGGAGUGCUGCUCCACAGAGGAGGGCAGAGAGGCGGCCAGAGCAGGAGCAGACAUUGUUAUGCUGGACAACUUUCAACCUCAGGAGCUCCAUGUUGCAGCUCGUGCACUGAAGGAGGAGUUCCCAACUCUACUGAUAGAAGCCAGUGGAGGAGUGACUCCAGACAACUUAGCCAUGUAUUUCUCCCCACAUGUGGACAUCAUUUCCCUGGGCUGCAUUACACAGGGCUGCCCAGUUGUGGACUUCUCACUCAAAGUUCAAAAGCCUGUUGUUCACUCAAGCCUCCAAGAAGGAUGACAAGUAGGACAGAUAGACCCACUGAUUGAAUGGAGUGAGACUUUGUUCUGAUAAAUCAAGGAGUUUUUUCAAGGGCUAAGAUUAAAAAAUGAUUCACAUCCUGUUUUCUGUCCGUAUCAUCAGUCAUUUGAUAAGGACCGAUGAAGAAUAGAAACUGGACUGCACUUGCUUUUCUGCUGGCGUCAUGGAGGCCAAAUGACAAUUUUAUCUGGUAUCAAAAAGUGCAUUGCAAAAGAGAAACAGCAGUCAAAAGUUCAAGCUGAUCAAGAGAUACAUCACAUACAUACGGGAUAAAGGGGAAGUCCAACUAAUUCUACAACAUGGCCUAUUACACACGAGUGUAAUAAUUUAGUUACUUCCAAGUUAAAGUGUCAUUUCACAAAACACUUCACUAGUGGUGUCCAGACAUGCAGAUAGUUUUGUUUCAUUUACAUAGUUUUUGAGAUAUUAGUGUCUGAAACUUCUGUUACCAGCACAACACAAUGGAGGCGAAUGAAACCGUUUAUGUGCUUGUGACAUG